UACUUUCAAGAGUGCUUAAAUUUACGGCUCGCUGAUUGGCUGAGAGAGCUUUCUGUUUUGGUUGCCUGCCAGCAGCCGUCUGGAAGGGGAGGGGAGCCGUCUGCCUUCCGCUUCUGGGCUGGAUUGACACACAAUGAGGAGCAGAGGCUGGGGAGACACUCCACAAACGCCGCUGUAAAUAAAUACAACAAUCACUGAGGCCAGAAAAACAUGGAGAACCAGUGCACAGUGCAGGUGAAGCUGGAGUUGGGCCACCGAGCCCAGCUGAGGAAGAAAGUGACAUCAGAAGGCUUCACCCACGACUGGAUGGUGUUUGUCCGAGGGCCAGAGACCGGCGACAUCCAGCACUUUGUAGAGAAGGUUGUCUUCCGCCUGCACGAGAGCUUCCCCAAACCCAAGAGAGUAUGCAAGGAACCUCCGUACAAAGUGGAGGAGUCAGGCUACGCAGGCUUCCUCAUGCCUAUUGAGGUUUACUUCAAGAACAAGGAGGAGCCAAAAAAGGUGUGUUUUAACUAUGACCUCUUCCUUAACUUGGAGGGCAACCCACCAGUGAACCACUUGCGCUGUGAGAAGCUCACCUUCAACAACCCCACCAAAGAAUUCAGGAGAAAGCUGAUCAAAGCUGGAGGGGUGUUGGUGGUUCCAGAGGGAGCUGAGGCCGUGUCGAGGCCCAGUCCAGACUACCCGAUGCUUCCCACCAUCCCCCUCUCUGCCUUCUCAGACCCCAAGAAGAGCAAGACCUCGCAUGUGUCAAAGGAACCCAGCAAAGAAGGAAGUGGUGGCAGCAGCAAAGGACCCAAACCACACAAGCUGACCAAGGAGCACCGUGAACGGCCCCGAAAAGACUCUGAGAGCAAAGCCACGUCAAAAGGAGACAACGACAGAGACGGAAGCAGCAAGAGUGGCCGCGAUCCUUCUUCUUCCUCGUCAUUGUCUUCAAAAAAGCCGUCAGAGAUCAAAGUGAAAGAUGAAGUUAAGGUCUUACCCAAGGCUGCUUUCAAGGAGCCCAAACUCACCCUGAAGGAGUCGAAGAUGGAGGGCAUGUCCCCUAAAGGAGGGGGGGCAGGGAGCGGAGGGGGUGGUGGGGGAGGAGGAGGGGGAGGUCCCGGGGAGUCCAAAGCCCCGGGGAAACGACCCUCCACUGUUGAGUCUCCCAAACCCAGUGCGAAGAAGCAGAAGAAGGGCAGCUCAGAGGGGCCAAAGGGGCCUACCGGCGGGGCAUUCACAGGGACUUCUCCUCGAGUCUCCUCCUCGUCUGCAGCCAGCCAGCCGUAUGCAGAAAAGAAACCUUCCAAGGAAAAAGGUCGCUGGGCUAAAGGCAAGAAUGACACACAGGAGCCGAAGGAGCCCAAGAAACCUCCAGAGUCAGAAGAGUCAAAUUCGGAGGAUGAAGCAUCAUCAAAGUCAGAGUCAGCCCCUUCGAGUCCCUCAAACUCCAGUUCAAGCUCUGACUCCAGUUCAGAUUCAGACUUUGAGCCUGGACAGAAACAAGGGCAAGGUCCCCUCCGGUCCAUGGUGGAGGAGAUCCAGUCAGAAGAGUCAGACGAUGACGACAGCAGCUCAGAGGAGGAGACGCCCAUCAAGACCAACCCCCCCAACCGGGACUCUCGACUCAGCCUGGACAGCGAGAGUGACAGCAGUGACGGCUCGCACAGCCCCAGUCGAGACCCCGCCCCGCCCCCACAGAAACACAACUCCUCCAACAACAAAGUUUCUGGCAGAAAGAGUCCAGAUUCCUCAUUUCGCUCAGAGAAGGUGUUGAAGAAGGGAUACGACAAGGUAGGAAGGGCCUACACAGAAGAGUUAGUGGACCUCCAUCGCAGACUGAUGGCUUUAAGGGAGCGUAACGUCCUGCAGCAGAUCGUCAACCUGAUUGAAGAGACGGGCCACUUCAACGUGACCAACACCACCUUUGACUUUGACCUCUUUUCACUGGACGAGUCCACCGUCCGCAAACUACAGAGCUACCUGGAGGCGACGGCCACGUGACAGGAAGCUGGCGUGGGGAAACCGGCGUGCGGAUGGCAGCGCGGAGGUAGACUCGCCACCACGUCUCCUCUCUUUUAAGGAGGGGGCAAACAGCCACAUCUGUCGCAGCCGUCUCACAGGCCUGACUGAACCGUCGAACAACUACCACACAAACAGAAACACUCGAACAAAACACAAGCACACAUGAAGACACACCACCUUCAGGUGACGCUGGGGAGGAGACUGAAGGAGGAGGUGUGGAAGGGAGGGGUGGGAGAAAACUCCAUCUACAGUCAGGAUUUUCACUACACAUCUUUUUUUUUUCUGUCUGUGCAGAGCUGUGGAAUGCACCCCACACCCCCUCCUUCACCCCCCUGCACUCAUAUUGCUCUCGCCUUUGCAAAGCCAAUACUCCCCCCCCUCCCUCCCAUUUCCUCCCCCUUCACACGCACACUCCUUACUUGGCAGAACGCUCCAGUUCCCUUCCCCCUGCUGUCAGCUGGAGCUCAUUUCUCUCCCGACAUACUGUUGAGUCGUGUGUGUGUUGACUGUGCAUGUGUGUGUUUGUGUGUGUGUGUGUGUGUGCAUGCGGGCGCUGCUGAGGUUUAAGAGGAGAUGUUGUCUCUGUGGUUACCGACUUCUCUUUGUUCAUGGAGCUUGAGCCCAGUUUCGAGACAGUGUCCCUCCUAUACCGCACACAUGAGAAGGAGACAGAUUCAGGUAAUACUUGACUUCAAACCCCCACAUUUAGCAUUUUCAAACAAUAUACAAACAUAGAAUUAAUGUUUUAUGACACAUCAUAAUGUAGUUGUAAGCAGUGAUUGUGUGAUAUUUGAUUUUAAAUGUAUAUGUCAAUGACUCCUGUGGGCACACACGUGUGGAGACUGGUUUUACGAGCAGAUAAUGAUUGACAAUUAGGGCUGCAACUAACAGUUAUUUUCAUUUGGUUUAACAGUGUCUUAAAAUUGUGAAAAAAUGCUUGUCACAGUCUCCCAGAGCCCAAAAUUAUGCCUUCAGAGUGCACCUUUUGUCCAACCAACUGUCCAGAUACUCCUCAUUAAUCAUCAUACAUGACAAAGAGAAGCAGAAAAUCCUUACAAUUAAGAAACUGGAACCAGCAAAUGUUUGACAUUUUUGCUUAAAAAAUAACAAAAAAACAGUUAAUUGAUUACCAAAAUAGUUUGCAUUUAAUCGUCUUUUGAUCGAUAAAUCGACUAAUGGUUGCAGCUCUAAUGACAAUAGUGUUGAAACACUGUUGUUAUAAUAUAAAGUAUGUCUUACUUGGAUAAAUGUUGACAAACACUGUACUGUUAAAGGGGCAAUAUAUAAGAAUUUCAGAUGAAGAUGUUGAGGGGGCACUAUGUAGUUGUGAAGAAGAAAUUCAAAGUCAGAAUUUUGAUAUUUAUAAUAUGAACAAGGUAAUGAUACAAAAUCUGAAAUAUGUAUCUUUCCAUAACUGAAUAAAAAGCUAGAGAGGUGGCAGGGUCCACCAAAUAGUUUUCACAUCACGCUACAAUCUGCUCACAUUUGAUGGGUUAGUACAUGUAAAUUGAAAUUGUUGUUUAAUUGCUAUUAAGAGCCACCAUUAAAAAAACAAAACAAAAAAAAAAUCUAAGAAAUUCUUAUACAGGUGUGUACAACAAAUACUUAUUGUUCACCGUACUUAUAAAUGCUAGAUAGGGGGGUUAAAGUCGUAUCCAGCACGUUUGUCCUUACACUCAACACUGUACAUGAUGACACUGAGAUGUAUGCUGUGUGUGUGUGUGUGUGUGUGUCUCUCUGUGUGUGAGACUGUGUUAUGGAUGAGAUUUCUCUGUUUUCUGAACAUUUGAAAACACAUGUUCUGUUGAGUUUCCCCCUCUACUUCCUCGCACUGAAAGCUGAGCCUUGACCUCCUACCAACAGCUCCCCCCUUCCCACUGAAUCCCCCUCAUCCUCUACACCCUCCUCUUUCUUCAUCUCCCUUAUUCCCAUGUUGGCGUGCAUGAAAGGGCUCGACUGCUCGCGGCCAGAGCAGUGGAGGAUCACUCCUGAAUUGCCUUCUAAGUGGUGGGUAGGGUAGGGUGGGGUGGGGGUUAAAAAAAAUAAAAAUAAAUAAAGCCGUGAAAAAGUAGCCAUACUUGUCUCCCAGUAUCCAAAAAUAAGGAAAAAGAAAAAUAGGGGCCACGCUUUUUUACAUUUUAUUUUUCUACAAGUGCAUUUUGUGUAUUUAUUCCCAGAUUGCGGUUAAGAUAACCUGUGAGCUAUGAAUGUAUAUCGCUUUUACUUUUCUACGGCUAGCAACAGCCCCACUCUAGUGCCUUUUUCUGCGACUUGCAGUGUGAGGGGGGGGUGUGCGCUCUGUUAGCCAUCGUCACACAGAUUGAACCCCCCCAAAAUACCCCCCUUUGGGGAAACAAGUGUUAAUAGGGAUGCCUGAAUAUCCAGUAUUGUCUUAAUGGCUUCCAUCCCUGCUUCUCCUUCUCCGGUGUCUUUGUAGGCUGUUGCCAUUUUGUCAUUUCUCCUCUAGAAGUUUUAAUACCACUGUUUCUCACCGAUGGUGGUCCUGUUUUUAUGUUCCUGCUUUCUGAGAUUAGGUUCAGUGUUUUAAAGAGGAAUCGUCAGGUGACUGUGUGGUAGUUACUCACAUUAAUUAGCUCCUGUAGUAACAGUUGCUUCAGCUGUGUUGUGCAUUUUGUCUCAUUGAAUAGGGUCGGUGUUCCCUCUUCAAUUAUUAGUACUAGCUUCGGAGCGUUUGAUACCAAGUUACCAGGCACUUGAAGGGCAUCAACGAAGGGCAUGUAGGCAGAAAAAUAAGCUAAAGAAAACGCUCCUUGUGUUUCCAUUCACUCAAUAUUUAAAAUGUAUUUCUAAGAGACCUGAAUCAUGAAGCAAGACUAUGACAGAUAACUAACCCAUGCUGACUGGUUUCACAAAGCUGGCUCACUUGACCCAUUUUACAUUGUUUAAAGGCCCAUCCACACCAAAAUAUUGGCAAAUUGUCCACACAACAACUGUAGCUUUAACUUAUUCUUUAAUUGUUACGGUUAAGUCUAUAUAUACUCAGCACCUCGACACAUAAAACUUGUGAGAUGUUCUGCUGCACACAGCGAACAAAUGGCAUGAGAUGAAGCAAGAGUUUCUGCUGUGUAGUAUUUUAGAUAUCAUGCUUUGUCACACGUUGUAGCCACUUUUCCAAAGAAAUUAAUGUAGCCUAUUUAAAUUGUCGUUCAAUAUAGAGCAAAGUCGAAAUCGAAAGUUCAAUUGACAGAAACAUAUUGCUCACAAUUUAAAAGUGAUUUUUCAUCCAAACAUGGCAGAAGAUUAACAUAGCUGCCUUUCAAAAUAUGGACAUUUACUGUUUUUCUCUGUUUUGUAUUAGAUUAAACUGAUUUAACUCAAGACAUGAAAACAUCACCUGACAAUUGGUUGAACAAACAAUUAAUAGAUUAACUCACUAUCCACAUCUGUAGUUGCAGCCCUAGUUCAAUAAUUAGUGAGUUGGUUGACUUGGUUAGGUUGACUUCACCAAAAUUAAGUGUGAAGUUGCUGUUGCUAUGGUUACAUGCAGUUUGAUAAACCAUGUGCACUGAUUCAUAACAACUUAACUGUUGACCGGACUUUAUUUUGGAUAUAUAAACUUGUUUGAAUGGAUGCUUGGCAGCCAAUCAGAGCUUUCCCUUCUGUAGCGAUGAAAUAAUGAGCAAUAAUUAAAGAUUUCCUUUCCUGUGCACAUUAACCCUUAGUGUUCCUUUUACAGUCAGGUUCUGUAAUUGUUCAUCAAGACACUGAAGCAUUAUAUCAAUAAUCACGUUUUUCACACUUUAGCAUGGUAAUAAUAAUACUGGCCAAUGUUAUGUGAGUAUUGCAUUAUGUCACCAUUAUUAUGUACUUUUUAUGUUUAUAUAUGUAGAUAUUGUUUACUGUAUUUUGCCUACUGGUCUUGAUCUUUUCAAUAUUUUUUUUAACUGACUUUUACCUUUUGCUGCUGCACUGACAAAAUUCCCCUCGGAGAGAUCAGCAGUUUCCUCCUCCAGUUAUUAGUGCACUUUUUUAAAAUGUAAACAAACAUCCACCCACUUUGGUAAAUUGUGGGUUAACAGAGCCAAGAGGCAGCUUUGUGAGACCUGAACACUCAAAGAAAGCCCGACUGAGGUGAACUUGCUUCUUGAUUCAGGCCCCUGGUGUGUUAGUUCCUGUGGCCCCUCUAGGCCCCACACACACAUACACACACACACGCGCCAACCCACUGUGGUUCAAACCUUCAAUGAGCGUUUCCCUCCCUCACUCCCUCCUCCGUUUUCCUCCUGCCGACUGUGUUUUUAUUCUGACGCUUCAAUAGCUUUAAUGGUUCGCUCUGUUUUUCUGUUGCCUGCCUGGCUCUGAGACUUGUACACACUCCCUCUGCCCUUAUUGUAAAUGCCGCCUGAGCACAGAAAAUGUGUCUCGAACGAAAAAAAACAAGAAGAAGAAUAACCAGGAUCCCUGCCGCCUUACGUGCCCUGCAGUAACCCCCUCCUGCCCUCACUUCUUCCCCCGUCCCACCCUCAUUUUCUCUAGGUGUGCCUCCGUCAACAGAACUUCAGGCCGUGAUUACUGAGAAUGAACUUUGAAACUGUGUGAGUGACGUUUGUGCAUCUGCGAGUAUGUUUGUCAGCGAUGGGAGAGAUUUAAAAACCAACCUUCCUGUCCUCUCUGUGCAUCAAUGUGGGAACUUUAAAGUCCUAGUUCAUGAACUCUGACCUUUGACCAGGCACUCAUUCAGUCCCUUGUUGUGGUGGUUGAGAGGGGAGGUUACGUGGGGACUCGAGAGAAGCCCCACUGUCUACCAACAGUCAAUGUUUUAUUUAUGGACCUCUGCACUUUUGGCUGUGAUGACUUCAGUACUUAAGUAGUUACCUAAACUGUAUUUUUAAGGAUUUUAUACAAUAUUUACAUGCAAUACAAUAUGAAUUGAUUUUCUUUUCCUUGCCAACCUUUUUUUCUGUCUGUUUCUUAUUUAAUUGUCCUUAUUUUGGCAUGAUUUGUUGCUAUUAUUCACAGGCAAACUUGCCAGUUGGAUCUAUUUCAGGCAGAAAAUGUUAUGGGGAUGUUCCCUGUAUGUUUUUUGUGUGUCAUGAUUCUGAUGACAGCUGAAACACCAAGGAGCAGGUGUUGGAAAAUAUUUGCAGGAUGAGCUAAACUUUGAUAUCACCCUCUGCUUCCAGUCGGAAUAACUGGACCAGAACGGAGACGAGAGGAGUUUUGUUCAGGGAACUGAACUAUCGAGCUAAAAUAUUUGUUUUCCAUGUCGUCCACUUAUGAUUUGAGUUUCUCUUUUCGACUCAUUCAUAGACGUCUGUACCCAAAUGCCUAAUUUUAUUGUGUUAUGAUAACUUGAGCCUGAUGAAACACAUCAUAGGAAACAAUUGAGUUGCGAAGUGGAAUGGUAGAUGGUUCCAGAAGUAAUAGUGUCGAUCACUUUUCCCCUUUUGGCAGACAGCUGCAGAUAUUCUUCAUUUUUGAACAGCAUUAAACUCUAGAUUUAAUUAUGCAAAUUGAAACUUCCAAUCACCAAAUGUAAAAUUCUUUGUUACAUUAUGUGGGAGAGUCAUUGUGUUUCAGCAAAAUUGAUGAUAUGAAUGAAAAUGAAAAUGGGAAUAGGCUGCUAUCAAGUGUAACUUUUAAAGAAACAGGAGUAAAUAUGCUUGGCCGGCCUAUCUGGCCUUCAUGCAGUGCUUAUUUUGGUUUUCUGGUUUGCUUUAAAGGAGAAAAACCACUUUCGGAACCAUCGUAGCUUCGCCACUUCGCAACUGUGAGGAGGUCUGUGGGAGUGGAGCAUUUCAGCUGAGACUAUUAUAUAUAUUAAGUGUAUAAUACAGCAAAGGUAGAAUAUCUACUGUGUGGAUCUUUGAGCAGAUGAGGAAAGAUUUAGAGCAAAAUGGUUCCUUGAAAAUACGUGGAGGGGGGUGGGACGGGGCAUGUGCAGACGGGAUGUUCCUGUGUCAGUGGUCGUCAUAAUGUGUCUGUGACAAGGGGACAGGGUUGCCUGUAUUUAUAAAAGGUUUGAUUUUUUUUUUUUUUUUUUUUUUUAACUGGGGGUAAAAGGGGGGUGGGGGGAGGUGGAGUCCCAAAUGUGUUCCAUGUAUGUGGUCCAAGCUGCAAAAUGAUGGGCAGAACAAAUGAACUGGAUGGCAGAACAAUUUGGUUUUUCUGACAAUAAAAACUUGGCAUUACCAUGCCACCAUGUGGCCAUAUGAUGCAAGUUGUUAACAAGGACGAAACACGUUAUUUUAAUGUUAUUUUUUAUUUUGAAAUCAUAUUAUUAAUAAAGUCAUUAAGUACUGUUGUC